AUGCUCAGUGGCUCCCAUCUUAUGGCACAUGUCUUUGCUCACCAGCAAGGCUGGGCACCAGCCACGGACGCCCCACUCAAAACCGUUGGAACUCUCGACGGUGCGCGCGAAGCCAUGGGAAAAGACCUUAUUGAUGCCUGGCUUUGGGAGAAGUUCACGACGAAGCACCUGGUGGACACCGGAGAAUGGGACAUCAUCGGAGAGGUCCCAACCCCUUGGCCCUGUUUCCUCUUCGUGGCCUCUGACCGCGCGAUCGCCACAAAGAAGGACGAGAUCAAGCAUCUGGCCAGGAUGGACUGCUGGGUGCUGGGAACUGUUGAUGUAACAAAGGAGCUUUGCGACGAGUUCAAGGCAAACGUUGGCGACAAAACUGUUGAAUACGUUGCACAAAACCAUGCGCUGAGCACCAGCGAUGCUCGUGAAUGGCUGGGAGGGACAGAAUGGGCUUGCGGCCUGCACGUGGAGAAGCGGACGCUUGAUGCGACGCAGGAAGCUCUCACCACCAUCGGGCAGAUAAAAGAG